AUGCCGUUCCAAUACUAUGGAUCAUCAAGUCGCACUAGGAAGCCAAAGAAGGAUUCAGGAAAGAGAUCUUCGACGGCUUCGAUAAUCUCCCACUCUUCCCAGCCUCCGUCUAAAGGAUCCAAAACUUCUGUGGAGAGACCCAGGAAAGAAACCGUCCCAGCAAUGCCCUACGUUGAGAAGCCGUCAGUCAGACCGCAGCGCAAACCCGUCGAGCCAGAGAAGAAAAAGACUCCGGAUGUCUUUGAGUUUCUGGAAGGCGAAGAUGAUUCCGACUCUUCAUCCUCAGAGGAUGACGAUGACAGUGUGGAUAUUCCAUCCAGCCAGGCCACCAGUGUAUCGAAGGGCCAGUCGAAAACCACGCCGCCACCACGAGUCUCUCAAAAAGCCAGUAUACCUAGUCGAAGGUCCUCCGUUAUGUCCAAGGACUCUAUGGAUUCCCGCCUACCCCCAACUCCAUUGGAUAUCGCCCAGCUGCAGUUAGCCAGAACCAAUGUCAACAACCGGAAAACGUGCAUGGAUGAGUUGUAUGUCCCAAACGGAUCUUCAACGGAUGGCUCAACCCUGUCUGGGCAAGAGCUGCCUGAUUUCCCUGAGGCUUACUAUUCCAGGAACCCUACCCAGCUGCAACGUCAUCCUCUACCCCCUUCCCCACCUAAAAGUCCGGAAGGAGACCUCCAUCGGGACCACCGCAAACCAAGGAAGACUACCAGGUCUCCCCAGUCCUCCCAGACAACGCCAUCUGGAUAUGGCCUUGUUGCUUCUCAGCUGAGCUCUUCAGUCGAAAACGAAACUCGCUUUCCUCCACUGUACCGGCGGUUUGAAACGCUCAACCAUCGUGUCUUGCUCUAUCUCCAGGAUGAGAUCGCACAGAUGGAGGAAGAUUUGCAGGUUCUUGACGAAUAUGAGGAGAUGCACCGUAUUUCCAACGCGGAACACGACGGGACCAAAGCCCUACCUGCCUCGCGGCGCAUGGAUGCUCAAGCCCAAGUCUACUCUUCCCUCCACUACAGACGAGUAGAUCUAAUGGGAGCGCUGGCCCAGAAGACGGAACAGUACAACACUGCGCUCAAUGCCUAUAACAAGGUCCUCCGGUCCCUCCCCCCAGCCUCGGAAAAGGAUAUUGAAUCCUACCGUUCCUGGAUGGGAGAAAAGCACCCCAUCGUUGCCGCCGAAACGCGCUUCCUCGAUCACGACAGUGAUCUCGUGUCUCUAGCCCCCCGAGUCACCCAACAGUCAACCACCGCCCCAGUCUACUCAGCCAUUGCCGUUGCCGCUGCCGCCAUUCUCCUCCCUUUGUUGGCCUUUAGCAUGAUCCGGGAGUUCUCCGGCCGUCUGAUCAUCGUCACCAUUGUUGGUGGUGCUACAUCUGCCAUUGCAGGCAAUUACUCGACGGGCGCAGAGCGCUUGGUUGAUGCACGAGAUGGAUGGAGAUGCGCUACAGUAUACUUUGUAUUCAUGACUGUUGCUGCAAUGUUUAUUCCCUAAACAGGGAUUAAUUGCAACUUGGACAACUCGAAACUAAUGAUUACGAUUUUUCUUUGUUUUUUUGCCAUGAGCGCCUCAUGUAAUAUCUUGUUCAGCCAUGUCAUUGCCUGUCUGAGGAAUGUUUUAAGAAGUCACCUGUUUAAUGACCUAUGAGAAAUGUAUUGUACUUGUUUCAAUGACAGACUGAAGAGCCGCAGCUCAUCAUGCCAGCUACAAGAUCAAUCUUCUAUCUUGUUGGUUGAGCAUGAUUUUUUUUUCGGGAUUGAUGGUUAGCAUAUAUGAGAUGAUAGCCAGUUUAUGUAGCUUUAAAUAUACUGCCAUACCUUUGAC